CCUCAUGGUGCACGGAACGAAGCUGUGGAUUUCACCUGUUCUGAUCGUGCCGCUGGCCGUGAUUUCUGAGACUCGAUGGAAUCCCGACUUGACCCCAUUUCUGGACUCUGAGGGCGUCGUGUCUAACAAGGUCCAACCCGCUCUCAUUCUUGGCGGGCUGGGGCCGGUUGGGGCGAGUUUCGUGGGACAGGUUAACAAGUCCAGACACUGUCAGCUUACAAGGAUCACCUAACUAGCUGCAGAGGGGCCAGCUGACUAAGAGCAGGCUUGGAUGGGACCAUUCUAGCGUCAUUGUCACGGCCAUUGCCGCUGCUUACCUACCUGGGUUUUUCUUCGAUGGCGCCUAGAGGCGGACCUGAUCAUGACAGGAAAGCGCCCGCCAGAAUGGCUCCAGAGGACAUCCAGGUCAGUACAUUGAAUGAAAUGACCAGCAAUCCUUCCUCGGUGCAGGGCCGGUCGCGAAAUGGGUGCAUCACUUGUCGGUGAGUUGGCUAUCCCCAAGUCGCCGGGCGAAAGGAUUAAUGGCCGUAGCAUCCGCCGGGUCAAAUGUGAUGAAGAACGGCCGCACUGUCGCCGAUGUGAGUCGACGGGCCGCAGAUGCGAUGGAUAUAUGCCUCCAACCACAAGGCAGCGACCGCAACAGCAAGCGGCGAAGGCAGGCUCCUCUGAGCUGCGUAUCAUCCAGCACACGCCGCAGGUGACCCAGCCCACGCAGCUGCGCAUGUUCCCCGGCGUCGAUACACUGCUCACGGAAGAUGAAUAUCGGUCGCUUGAAUUCUUCAACGUUCAAACGGUCUCGUGCUUUGGCGCCCGGGCAGGGGGCUGGCUGCUGACCGCCGCCUGCCAAAAUCCCGCCAUCCGGCGAGCUGCGAUGGCCCUGGGGACUAUGCAUCGCGUGGUGUUGUAUCACAGCAGAACGCCUCCGCACGACCACCGCAGGGGUAUGCAGCUCGCCCUGCAGCAGUACAACUUGGCCAUCCGGCAGGGACUGAAACUCCUCGCGGGCAGCAGCGACAGCUCGGGAGAUGGAAUCCUCUCCAUAUGCGUGCUCUUCUUCUGCUUGGACAGCCUCCAGGGCCACUUCCGAUCGGCGUUGCGGCAUGUUGGCUCGGGGCUGCGCAUUCUCGCUCAGCGCCAACUGCGCGGGCAACGGGCGGAAAACACGCUGUUGCCACCGGACGUGAUCCAGUCGUUGUUCGCCGCCCUGGAGGCCCAGAUUCUGGAAAUCGAUGGCCACUCGCCGCUUUUAGAUGAUGAUGGGCUGCCAGUAAGGGGCGCCGGCCGGCCGGCGCCCCUUUGGACGCUCGAGGAGGCCCAAGAUACCUUCCGAAGCAUCUACAAUGACUUCCUGCGCCUGUUAAGCUUCUCGGCAAGACUCGAAGAUCCAAUUGACGAGCUGGAGAUGGCUCGGGUCAUUGAGCAGGUAAUGGCACGCAAACAGCAGGUGCAAACGGAUCUCGACGCAUGGUCGCUCGAGUUCGAUUAUUUCCUCGCCCACGUCUUCCACUGGGACAGCGCAGACCACCCAUCGCAGCAAUCGGUCCGAAUGCUCCAGCUCUGGCGCACCAUGCUGACGAUGGUGCUGCAUAUGGGGUGGCCUCCCCAAGACACCGCUUGGGAGAGUCAUCUUAGCGAGCUCAAUACCAUCCUCGAUCUCGCCGAGCAGAUCAUCGUCAUGUCGCCCCCUGUAGAACUAGAAACGUCGGUCGGCUCGACCUUCAGUCCCCGUGGGCACUAUCGCGCCAGCAGCAGCCCCUGGGGUUCCCGCAGUCGCAGCAUGUCCACGUCCUCGUCUGCGUCUCGCGAUAACUCCCCUCCGACAACAACGUCACCGCCACCACAACUCAAACACGAAACAAACCUCCAAUCCACCUACACGCCCAUCCUCCCUCGCCCGUUCCACUCGUCACCCUCACGAUUCUCCUUGGCCUUCGGCGUUCUCCCGGCGCUCUGGACAAUCGCCACGCAAUGCCGCGACUCCGGCGUACGCUACCGCGCCAUCGACCUGAUCGGGCGCAGCAAGCGCCGCGAAGGCGUCUGGGACUCAGAUCUGCACUUUCGUCUGGCACUGCAACUUGCUCGUCGUGAAGAGCAAGCGGCGGGGCUUGAUGCCGGCGCGGAGUAUACCCACGCGCGUAUCCCGCCUGAGGCGCGGGUGACGCUGGAUGGGAGAUUCGACGAGGGGCGGAAGGCGAAGAUUCGCUAUAUUCGAGAGAAUGUGAGGGUUGCGGAGGAGAUUUUCCAUUGGUGAAAUAGUAACAAGAACAAAAGCACAAUAGGAUUUUUGUGUUCCUCACGCAGGAGUGAGACUUAAAAGGGGUCCCUGUGCCGAGCCUCGGCUCGGAGUUGUCGGUACCGUAUAUAUCACACCACUGCAACUAUCAAAAUAUCUCUAUGCACUAGUAAUACUGCCAGGAAAAUAUAUAAUAAAAGGGUAGUGUCACGUGCGAGCAGCUGUUACAGGUGCGAUCCAGGCAGACCAGGCCAUGGGGACUGAUCAUAGUGACCUUUUAGUCCAGUUAGGAGUAUGCUUGCUCUGACACGUGCUCUUACAGUAUACUUUUUAACUCUAGGCUGCAAAGCCUGCCCCAACCCGCCAGCCCGCCAAGACAUGGAUUAAAUUGUACUUCCAAAGACCUACUAGGUUUUAGGCUACAGCAGAGUAUUCUGCAGAUAUUUAGGUAACCUGCUGGUUUAGAUCCUUAUCUAUAUAAAUUAUUAAGUUUUAG